AUGCCAGAUGAAUUUCUACACAUACCGAAGAUGGCAACACAUCUAAUAAUAGAAGACGUAACUGAACUCACUGAAACACUAAAUGAGGUACUUCAAGAAUCUGCUAGAAAAGUACACAUCACGGAAAAGAAACCGGAAACAGAUGAUGUUCAAACCGUUAAAUCAACUAAGCGCCUAAUCAAAAAGAAAAAGGGAUUGAAUGAGGAAGUAACCGAAAUCACCACAGUGCAGAAAGACGACGAGACUCCUAUCAAGACGAUCACUGUGAUAGAAGAAAUUACACCCGAAGAAAGCAAGCCAAAAGAAGUUAUUGAGCUACCUGAAGAGGUAACAGUUGAGGACAGUAAGACACAAGAAGGUAAGCCAAAACAAAAGAAAAUCACAAAGCGUACUAUUAAAAAGCGGGUAGGGCCUAAAGUCGAAACUACACAAAUCACCACUGAACAAGAAGACGAUAAAGAACCUAUAGUUUCUAUUCAAACCACAGAGGAACUCAUAGAUGAUUCAACUACACCACUCUCAGACAUCGAACCUGAUACCGCUCAGGUCGUCGAAGAAACCCCAGAGACAGUACAAAUUACACAAGUCAAAACUGAAACAGGCGCGGACCAAACUGUCAAAACAACUAAGCGCGUAAUCAAAAAAAGAAAAGGAUCGAAAAAUGAAGUCACCGAAAUCACCACAGUCCAAAAAGACGACGACACCCCGCUAACGACGGUCACUGUGGUAGAAGAAACUACCCCUGAAGAGAGCAAGCCAGAAGAAAUCAUGGAGUUGCCUGAAGAGGUAACAGUUGAGGAAACUAAGACGAAAGAAGGUAAGCUGAAACAAAAGAAAAUCAUAAAGCGUAUUAUUAAGAAACGGGUAGGGCCUAAAGUUGAAACAACACAAAUCACUACUGAGCAAGAAGACGACAAACAACCAGUCGUUUCAAUUCAAACCACAGAGGAACUCGUAGAUGACACAACUACACCACUCUCAGAUAUUACACCAGACACUGCUCAGGUCGUUGAAGAAACCCCUGAGAAAGUACACAUUACACAAGUCAAAACCGAAACUGGCGAUGUUCAAACCGUUAAAACCACUAAGCGCAUAAUCAAAAAGAGAAAAGGACCUAAGGAAGAAGUCACCGAAAUCACUACAGUCCAAAAAGACGACGAGGCCCCUGUGACAAGUGUUACUGUAGUAGAAGAAACUACCCCCGAAGAGAGCAAGCCGGAAGAAGUUAUUGAGUUGCCUGAAGAGGUGACUGUAGAAGAAACUGAGACACCGGAAGGUAAGCCAAAACAAAAGAAAAUCACAAAGCGCAUUAUUAAGAAAAGGGUAGGACCUAAAAUCGAAACUACACAAAUCACUACUGAACAAGAAGACGACAAACAACCAGUCGUUUCUAUUCAAACCACAGAGGAACUCGUAGAUGACACAACUACACCACUCUCAGAUAUUACACCAGACACUGCUCAGGUCGUUGAAGAAACCCCUGAGAAAGUACACAUUACACAAGUCAAAACUGAAACUGGCGAUGUCCAAACCGUUAAAACCACUAAGCGCAUAAUCAAAAAGAGAAAAGGACCUAAGGAAGAAGUCACCGAAAUCACCACAGUCCAAAAAGACGACGAGGCCCCUGUGACAAGUGUUACUGUAGUAGAAGAAACUACCCCCGAAGAGAGCAAGCCAGAAGAAAUUGUUGAGUUGCCUGAAGAGGUGACUGUAGAGGAAACUGAGACACCGGAAGGUAAGCCAAAACAAAAGAAAAUCACAAAGCGUAUUAUUAAAAAGCGGGUAGGGCCUAAAAUCGAAACUACACAAAUCACCACUGAACAAGAAGACGACAAACAACCAGUCGUUUCUGUUCAAACCACAGAGGAACUCAUAGAUGACACAACUACACCACUCUCAGACAUUACACCAGACACUGCUCAGGUCGUUGAAGAAACCCCUGAGAAAGUACACAUUACACAAGUCAAAACCGAAACCGGCGAUGUUCAAACCGUUAAAACCACUAAGCGCGUUAUCAAAAAGAAAAAAAGGACCGAAAGGGGAAGUCACUGAAAUCACUACAGUCCAAAAAGACGACGAGGCCCCGAUUACAACGAUUACUGUGGUAGAAGAAACUACCCCGAAGAGAGCAAGCCAGAAGAAGUUGUUGAGUUGCCUGAAGAGGUGACUGUAGAGGAAACUGAGACACCGGAAGGUAAGCCAAAACAAAAGAAAAUCACAAAGCGUACUAUUAAAAAACGGGUAGGGCCUAAAAUCGAAACUACACAAAUCACCACUGAACAAGAAGACGACCAACAACCAGUCGUUUCUGUUCAAACCACAGAGGAACUCAUAGAUGACACAACUACACCACUCUCAGAUAUCACACCAGAUACUGCACAGGUCGUUGAAGAAGUCCCUGAGAAAGUACACAUUACACAAGUCAAAACUGAGAAAAUUGACUUGUCCACUGCUAGACAUAAGCCUCCCCAAUUGCUCGCCACUGAGCACGAUCCUCGGUUUCUCCCAUCCAGCUCCUACCAGCCACCCUCACAGAUCAUCACUCCACUGAGCCUGAGGGCGUCCUGCACUGCGUUUUCUAAUUCGCGGUCUCCAUUCAAAAACGCGCUUACCCCAAUGGCUAUCGGUUGUCCGGCUAACAUGGCCAGCCCAUUGCCACCUCAGCUAACUAAUUUGCUGUGCUAUGUCUAUAGCUCGCUGAGCGACUUUAAGCUUGUAGAUCAGCCCAACCGUGAGUAUCUACGUUUCCGCUCCGUAUUUCAUGACAGGCCGAACGCACUAAUUGAAGACUGUCGUCUUUGGACUCUGUGGAAUAGACAACGAAAAUACUCGACAAUUUUAGAAUCUAUUUUUAUUAUUUCUUUUGCAGAUGCUGAAUUUAAACCUAUAACAGAAGUAAUGAAACCUAAAAGUAAUGAAAAAGAAGUUCUGAGUGAUUCCAGCGAGGACAAAAUUAUACCUCCGGAAGAACAAAAAUCUGAGCCAAAGUUAUUAUUAAAUAAUAAAAAAAGUAAAGAUAAACCAAUUCUCCGAAAACUUCAAAUUGAAGAACUAGAAAGUAGUAAACCUCAGCAUCCAGAAGAAAUGACCGUGCCGCAAUUCUCUAAACUGAAACUAAAAAAAUCUUCUGUUUUACCUAAACAAGAGCCUGCAGUUGUUAAACUUCCUAAAUUCCAACUAAAAAGUCGCAUUAAAUUCAUAAGAGACUGGCCACCUCAAGAAAUGAAACCAAUAGUUACUUAUCUAGGCAGUAUUAAACAAAAUGGAGAGUUAUCGAGAAACGUAAAAGAAGCAAAUAAAAUCAAAAAGAAAAAGCUGAAACUGCCCAAAAUUCCCGACUUAGAAAGAGUGACAUUGGAAAAAUCGGACUUAUUUGAUUCCCAAGAGGAUGAAUCAAAACCAGAUGUGAGUCAACCGCCCCAAAAUAUAAUUGAAGAAGCGAAAAGCGAACCAAAACUAAUAGAAGAAUCCGAACAACCAAUUGCAAAAACAUCAGAAAUUGACAAUGAAGUACCAGAAAAAAUAAAUGUUCCUGAUGAUAAAGAAACUUCACAAACUCCUACUUCAUUUAACAAGAGAUCUAAACUCACCCCUAUUAAAAUAGAGCGAAAAGAAAUGGAAGUAAGUACACCACAACACGCAGAAACUGUAGAUGGGCCUCAAUUCACCCUGCCUAAAUUGAAGAAAACUGCAGUAAAACCCAAAAAGGAAACUAGCCUUGUUAAAUUACCUAAAUUUCAAUUAAAAAGCAGAAUUAAAUAUAUUACUAGCUGGCCCCCUGAAUCCAUCAAACCUCUUAUUUCAUACAUGGGUAGCAUAAAACAAAAUGGAAUUUUAUCGAGAAAUAUAAAAGAGGCCGCCAAAGUUAAAAAACAAGUGUUCGUACCUCCAAAAUUGCCCGAUGUAGAAAAAACAGAAUUAGAACAACCGUUAUUUAGUUAUGAAGACAUUGUAGAAAGUAAAAAAGAUGAAAAUGAAAUUAUUCAAGAAAAACAAACUCUUGAGGAAUUGCCUAAAGAAGAUGUGCCUGAACAGUAUACUAUAACUCCUAGAAAAUCAAGCGCACAAAAGAUUGAUGAGAUAGUAGAUGAAGUAACUAUUAAAAAGAGAUUGAAACCCGUUCGAAAAUCUUCUGUAACUUUACCUGAAAUAACAGAACCUGAAGUAGUAACAUUUAGGCCAAAAAUUACGAAAACCAAAGAAGAUGUGGAGCAGGAAUUUAACAUCCAGUUAGACUCUUAUGCUGAAGAAGAAAUUUCAAUGUCAAGCAAAGUAAAACUAAAGCCUCAAAAACAACUGACAUUUAAAGAAGAAGAUGCUGAAACAUCUAUUCAAUUUUAUGAGAAAGGCCAAGACGAAAGUCCAGAAAUAAUUGAAAUAGUAGACAGUGACGUUGAAAAAGAAGAAUCAGAAUCAGCCAACAUUAUGAUACCGCUCAAGAAAAAGCUUGAAACUAAGAAUAAAAUGUCAAUUAUAGAAGCUGCAGAUGAAACUUUGUUGCAAAUCCAUAAGGAAAUUGAUGAUGAAAGUCAACCUGAAGAAAUUAUCAUGAGUGAUGGUGACACUGAAGAAAACAUCGAAAUGAUUAUAAAAAGAAAACCGAAAAAACCAACAUACGAAAUAAGCGAAGUGGAAGAACUAAGCGUCGAAUUCAAACCAAAACAAAUGAAGGAUGAAAAUAAUGAAGGUGAACUUACUAUUUCAACAAAACGAAAACCAAAGUCUCUUAUAAUACAAGGUAUUUAUUUUACAAUAGCUUUGGAUCACGCUUUUAAAUUUAAAAUAAUGAAUCCAGACUACGCAAAUAACAUUUACAAAUGCCUCUACUCACGUAGAUUUUUUAACAUUUUAACGAUUUACUUGUGUAACGAUCGUAUGAUGUUAUUGUUCACGUUGAUGAUUAUUUCAGAUACGCCCGUUGAAGUCCGCUGUGGUGACACAGUAUUUGCUGUAUAUUCGUACGUGGCAGAAACUGAUGAAGCUAUAAAUCUUGUUGAGGGCGAACGACUAUAUAUCCUUGACACUUCCAAUCAAGAUUGGUGGUACGUACAAAAACAUUUAACGGAAGAGAAAGGCUGGGUACCUGCACAAUAUCUCAUGGAUGAAAAUAAUUACACGCAAUAUCUGCAGAAAAAAUUGAACGAGAAAAUAGAUAAACUACCUGUUUUCGAAAAACCGACGUCAGAAGAACAAUCCAUGGCUCCAAUAUUUGUUGAGAAAUUACGUCCAAAACAUACUCCCGAUGGAUCAACAGUGCAAUUCGAAUGUCAAGUUGAAGGUUAUCCUAGGCCACAGAUAACAUGGUUCCGACAAACAGCUAUAAUCAAGCCUUCGCAGGAUUUCCAAAUGUAUUAUGAUGAUGAUAACGUGGCUACAUUGGUAAUUCGUGAGGUGUUCCCUGAAGAUGCCGGUACUUUUACAUGCGUAGCGAAGAAUGCGGCAGGAUUUGCUUCCAGCACUACAGAACUAAUUGUGGAAGCUCCUCUUUCUGAUCACGGUUCUGAAAUGACUGUAUUAUCAAGGAAAAGCUUAUCUAGAGAAUCAUCGUUGGCUGAUAUUUUGGAAGGGAUACCACCAACCUUUUCUAAAAAACCAAAAGCACAAUACGUUGAUGAAGGAUCGGAUAUAUUAUUAGAAUGUAGACUUGUGGCUAUACCAGAGCCAGAUAUAGCGUGGUUAUUCAAAGGCGAAGAAAUAGUACCCGAUGAAAAUAUCUCUGUAGCCAUAGAGUCCGAUAUGCACAUGUACUGCAGUGUUCUAAAAAUAACAAAUGUUAAAAAAUUCCAAGAGGGUACUUAUACUGUGGUGGCCGUCAAUAGAGAAGGCGAAGCCAGUCUUCCUAUUGUUCUAAAAAUUAAAACGGGAGAAAAAGAACCGCCUCAAGUUAUUGAGCCGCUAAAAAGCAUGAUUGUUAGACAAGGUGAAAGUGUUAUACUAUCAGCACAAGUGGUUGGUAAUCCCCGACCAACAAUUACCUGGUGUAAAAAUAAUAAACCUGUUAAGGCCUUGCCAACCAAAUCAGAUGGUGAUACACACAGUAUAACAAUUCUUAAGCCAAAGAAAGUUAAAGAUGAAGGGGUUUAUACAUUAAAAGCUGAGAAUUCUGAAGGUAUUGCGGAAACCAGUGCUGUUAUUACUGUUGAAGAACCAACAGAGGAAAAUGCUGAACCCCCACUUUUUAUUAAUCGAUUCCAAGAAAUCACGGUGAAAGAAAAGGGUACCAUAAAAUUAGUCGCUAGAGUAACAGGGAAUCCAGUUCCAUCAAUAACGUGGUAUAGAAACAAUGAAAUUAUUAGCCCAUCGGAAACGAUUACUCAAAACUUUGACGGUGAAAAUAUUGAGCUUGUUAUAACAAACGUAGAUUCAGAGAUUGAUUCAGGCGAUUAUAAAUGUGUUGCCUCGAACAGUGCUGGUAAAUCAUCUCACGGAGCCCGAGUCACUAUCGAUGUUGAGAAAGUAACAUUCGUUAAGCAUCUACAGAAAUCUUACGAAACCGAGGAAGGUAAAACUGUGAUUUUAGAAUGUCAAACAUCGCAUACUGUUUCUACAAAAUGGUAUCACAACAAAAAAGAAAUUAGUGGAAUGGACCACAGAGAAAUAAUUCAGGAAGGUAGAAUUCAUAAAUUAAAAAUAAAGAAAACUAAGCUUACUGAUGUUGGUGUUAUAAAAUGUAUCGUAAAAGAUCAAGAGACAAGCACAAUGUUAGUUGUAAAAGAAACCAUUCCUGAAUUUAUACGAAAACUUCAAGACUUCGAAGUUAAAGAAAAGGACGUAGCUAUUUUGGAAGUUGAAAUUAAUUCUGAAACUGCUGAUGUCGUAUGGGAAAGAGACGGCGAAAUAAUAAAACCAAAGAAAAAUAAAUAUGAUUUUGAAAAACGAGGUCAUAUUCGCAAACUUUAUAUUAGAAACACUUCUGUUCAUGAUGAGGGUGAAUAUUCAUGCAUUUUGCGUGACGAAUCUUGUACUGCUGAAGUAACAGUAGUGGAACUACCCCCUGAAAUCAUUACACGCCUACAAAAUCAGAAGGUAAACAAAGGUAACAAAGCAACAUUUGAAAUAGAGCUGACCAAAGGCGAUGCUCUAGUGAGGUGGUUUAAAGAUGGCUCUGAAAUUCAAUUUUCUAAUCACAUACAGUUAACCAUAGAUGGUAAAAAACAAAAACUGAAGAUAUACGACUGUGAUUUAGAUGACGCAGGGGAAUAUUCUUGUGAGGUUGGAAACAGUAAAUGCACAGCGAUACUUACAGUAGAAGAACCUUCUAUCAACUUUACUCUGCGACUUCCAGAAUUUAUACUGGUUCCAGCAAAUACAGACGCCUAUUUGACAGUUGAAAUUCCUGAUGAAACAUUAGAUGUAACAUGGUACAAAAAGAAAUCCGUAAUCGAAGAUACUGAAAAGUUCACUCUAAUAUCAGAUGUAAAGAAGCGAACAUUAAUUAUAAGAAAAUGUACAGAGGAUGAUCAAUGCGAAUAUACGUGUGUACUACUCGAUGCGAAGAGCUCUACAAAAUUAAAAGUAGAAGUGGUUGAGUUUCCUCCAAAAAUUGUUGAUUAUGAACGAGAAUAUAGAAUUAAACGGGGAAGCGACGUCACUCUACUUGUGGACUAUCAAGCUUUCCCACAACCAAAUGACGAAUGGAUCGUAAACUCUAAAAUAAUAAAGAAAUGUAAACAUACUAAGCCAAGUAUAGAUUCAAAAUCGGCAAGCUUGACAAUUAAAAAAGUAGAAAACACUGAUGCUGGUAUCUACAAACUACGUCUUGAAAAUAAUUGUGGUCAUGCUGAUGUUGAAAUGAAUGUGACAAUACUUGAUAAACCAUCUCCGCCAGGGAAACCUAAUAUUUUAGAAAUAGAUUCUAGUUCGAUUAACAUAUGUUGGGACGAACCAGAAAAUACAGGAAAUUCAACUAUCAUAUACUAUGUUGUCGAAUAUCAGGAAAUUGAUACAACAGAGUGGAUAUCGGUUAAAAAUAUAACCAAAACGCAAACCUCUAUUCAGAACUUGAAAACAAACUCCUCAUAUAGAUUCCGUGCUUAUGCCGUAAAUGAAGUGGACAUUAGUGAUGCUUCAGAAACAACAGAAUAUUAUAAAGUAAUAAAAGAAACGAAAAUCCAAUCUCCGACUGUAGAAAAACCAUUGAAAAAUAUAACAACGGAACCAAAUGAGGAUAUUGAACUAACGUGUAUUUUCGGUGGAGUUCCUCAACCUAAGGUUACAUGGUACAGAGACGGAAAGAAACUUAAAACUGCUAAAGCAACAUAUGAAAACAGAGUAGCAACAUUAGUUGUAACUGUAACUGAAACAACUAUUGGAACCUACAAAUGUAUAGCUUUUAAUGAUCAUGGAGAAGUUGAAACGUCUUGCGUCGUUGGAAUACAACAAAAACCUGUAAUUACCAUUUCUAAUGAGGAUAUCAAACAGAAGCAUAAAGUUGGAGAUGAAUGGUUGGUAACAGCUGUAAUAGAAGGAAUACCGCCACCUGAAGUAAUAUGGUAUAAGAAUGGAAAUAAAUUAGAAAAUGAUAAAGAAUAUAAUAUAACAACAAAAGAAAAAACUAGCGUAAUUCGAAUUAAAGAAUUGAAGCGCUCUCAUUCAAGUAAAUAUACUAUUGAAGCUUCCAAUACCGCUGGAACUUCUUCAGUUGAGGUCACACUAAAGGUCUACGAUAAACCUAGUAAACCAGAAGGCCCUGUUAUAAUGCGCGAAAUAAGUCGUGAAUCAGUUACAAUUGAAUGGAAACCACCUUUAGAUGACGGAGGUCUAGAGCUAACAAAAUACGCCAUCGAAAAACAUGAACCCGAUAAUAAUCGAUGGAUAAAAGUGGCAGAUGUAGACAGAGACGUCGAAACAUAUUGCAUACAAAAACUCAAUGAAAACUGUGAAUAUAUGUUCCGCGUUAUAGCACAAAACCCUGUUGGAUUUUCGGAAGCUCUUGAAAGUGAACCGAUUGUUAUAAAAACUGCAUUAGGUUUGUAUGGUAUCGAUAAUGAAUCCGUGUAUAUAACAUGGUUCCCGUCUGAGAAAAACGGCGGAUCACCAAUAAUCGAUUACAAGGUUGAAAUAAAACAAGAAGGGAAGAAAUGGAAAACCAUCACAACUGUUACUGAAACAACAGCUAGAAUCCAAAAGUUAUCGAUAAACACUACAUAUCAGUUCAGAAUAUACGCUAGAAACGAAAUCGGAACGAGUCUUCCGUACACAUCAGAUGACAAAAUAACAAUUGGAAAAACGCUAACACCGCCGUCCCAGCCACGGAAUUUCGUAGUGAGUGAGUCUACGUCACGAUCAGUAACGCUAAAAUGGACAGAGCCAGAGAGUAAUGGCGGCAGUCCAAUUACCAACUAUAUAAUUGAAUUUAAGACAGUCAAAGGAAAAUCGUGGACUAAAAUAGUCACCGUAGGUGGUUCAGUUCAUGAACAUUGUAUUGAAAAUAUUAAGGAAAAAGAUGAAAUAAUCUUCCGAAUCUCAGCAGAAAAUACUGUUGGUGUUAGUUUGCCAACAGAAUCACAAUCACAAGCUUACACAUCCCAAACCUAUUUGUUCUUUUGUUCAGCUGUGCCAUCGCCGCCGACGGCUCCUCUUGAAAUAAGAAUGGUUGGUAGCAACAUCGUUAUGACUUCAUGGGGUACACCAGAAUGGGAUGGUGGGGCUCCACUUCUCGGUUACAACAUCGCUAUCAGGGAUGUUACAAAAACAAUGUGGAUGGAAGUUGGAAAAGUCGAUGUCAACACGCUUAAAUUCAACAUUAGAGAUUUGAGCGAAAACCACACCUACAUGAUCAGAAUCUACGCACGAAAUGAGAUUGGUCUCAGCGAGCCCCUGGAGUCAGAUGAACCCUUUAAAGUUAUACCAGGAGAAGGUACACCAGGCGAACAGACUGAGGUCACGGAGCCAACAUCGUUCAGUACUCAGACCACGACUUCGUGGCUGCGGGAGCACAACAUGGAUGCUGAUAUACGAUCGUACGCGCGCGGUUCCCUGCUACGUCGCGACGAAUACUUCUUUAGAAUAUGGCACUACGCUAAACAGCUAUUUAAGUGA